GAAGAAGAAGAAAGGAGUGUAGUUUAUAUUUCAUUUUAAUAAAAAAAAUUAUUUAAGAGAGGGAGAGGAAGAUUAUUCAAAGAUCGAUUUCACGCCUGGCUUCGCGAUGACGACUCUCUCCAAUAUUAAUUUAGCCCUCUUUCUCAUUUACCUUCAGAUUGGUUGCUCUUUGAUCGGAUCCCUUGGAGCUUUGUACAAUGGCGUCUUGCUCAUUAAUUUGGCUAUCUCUUUGUUCGCCCUCGUCGCCAUUGAGAGCGACAGUCAGCACCUUUUCCGUACCUACGCUUCCCUCCUCUUCUCCUCUCUUCUCCUCGACGUUGCAUGGUUCAUCCUCUUCUCUCACCCCAUCUGGAACAUUUCCUCUGACAAGUAUGGACUGUUCUUCGUCUUUUCAGUGAAACUCACUAUGGCAAUGCAAAUCGUUGGUUUUACAGUGAGGUUGUCAUCCUCUUUGUUAUGGAUUCAGAUCUACAGAUUGGGGGUUCCUUAUAUAGAUAGUACAGCUACUCGAGAAGCGGAUUUCGAUUUAAGAAGUAGUUUUCUCAGUCCAACAACUCCUGCUACUGUAGGUAGACAAUGCUCAGAUUCUGAUGUUGUUUUAGGUGGUUCCAUUUACGAUCCAGAUAAUUACUCAUCUCUUUUUGAAGAUGGACAAGACAGCAGAUGUCUCCGUCAGAGCUGGGCUAGUUUUGAGCCUACGAAAACAACUGUGAAAAGGGUGCUUUUGCAAGAAAAUCAGAAGAAAAAUGUGAAUAAAUCAUUCUUGUUGAAGGAUAGGCAAAUUUUUAGUUCUGGCUUGGGGGACAUCUCCACAGUUCACCAAGAAGACCAGACAUCCCGAUCUUUCUUGCACCCAUUGGAAAGCAAAGGCCUUCAUUAUGGAUCCCCUAAACAAACGUUUGAGAAAAAACCAACCGUUCCAUUUAAAUGGGCUACUGAUCCUCCAAUGUCAUCACAGCCUCUGGGCUUGCGUUCUCCUAUACUGCAAAAUAACAACGUAGCGAUGGUAUCGGUUUCGUCAUCCCUGGUAUCACUGCCAGGAGGAGAAAUAAGUAGCAGGGAAGCCUACAAUAUGACUGCUGAUAAAUCUAAGAGUAUGUUUUCUCAAAUUGAGAAGCCUGAUUCUGUUUCCACCAAUGAGACCAGACGUAUUCAGCAAACUGAAACUAAUAUAAAUAAAAAUUCAUCAGACUCUACCGUGCAACCAAUGCAGACACCUUUGUUUCCAAAGAAACCAAAUGAGAUUCCUGUUUCAACUACCAGCAGCGUGCUUGCAAAAUCAGCAAUGCAAAGUGUGAAGCCUGGACCAGCAGACACCAAAAGUUCAUAUUUCGAAUCUCCCUAUAAAAAUUAUGAGCCUCCGCACUCUUUGUUAGGUGCCUCUUCUGUGGCUCCCACCCAACCUGGAAAGGUUCCUGAGAUCAAUUUUGCUACUAGCAAAGGCCAGCCUAGUGAAAAAGUUUCAUCUUCUCCAUCAGCUUUCAUAUCGCAUUCAGUUUCAUCAUCUCUGAUGUCCAAUAUAUCACCAAACGUCUCAUCAUCAAUAUCUACACCGACAUUGUCAGCUGCAAUGUCACUGAGCACAUCUUUAACCAGUUCUAAGGUCACCACCGGCUCUAAUCAAACAGUUACUUCGACAUCAUUGUCAUCAGUUUCUGUCUCACCUGUUUUUUCUACCGGUUCAUUGUCUUUUCAGGCCCCCAGGACAGUUUUACCCUCACAUGCUCCACCUCCAACUUCAGAGGUUUCUCCAGGGCUGCAACCCCGUCUAGGGAAAACUCUGCCUUCUAGCAAUCCAAGUCCUUCAUGUUUGACAUCAGAAUCCCUUGAAACAGAUAUUCAGCCUCUUAUAGGAAAACCUGCACGAAAUGUAAACCCCCCUGCUACACCUUCAGUGUCAGAAUCACUAGAAACAGAGCCCCAACCUCCUCCUGCUGGAAACAAUCCACCUUCUGUCACUCCAGUUACCCCUUCAGAAUCAGAUUCCCCGAAAACAGAGGUUCCCCAUCCUCCGGGUGAAGCAAGUUCAAAGUCAGAUGUGGAUGUUCCUACAACUGCUCCACAGCCUAACCCUUCUACAUUUGGUUUGAAGCUUGAACCUUCAGCAUCAUCUGUCCUUACUACAGGACUAUCAACUGGAUUUGCACCAGUAAACCAGCCCAGCUUGAACCACUCUGGAAGUACUGCAUCUAAGGUGGCUCUGAAUUCUCAACCUCAGCAGCCAUCUUCUCAUAAUGUUCCUUUUGGAGCACCAAUCCUGACUUCUGAUAGCGUUAGUGGAAAGAAUGAAAGUUUGGAUGUUGCAGUUACAGAAGAGGUUGAAAUGGAGGAGGAGGCUCCUGAGGCUAGCUGCACAAAUGAACUUAAUUUGGUAAAUCUUGGAGGUUUUGGGAUUGGUUCAACCCCUAUCCCAACUGCUCCUAGAGCAAAUCCAUUUGGCAGUCCAUUUGGUAGCACAGGAUCAAAUGUAGCAACCUCUUCGUUGACCAUGACUGUACCUAGUGGAGAGCUCUUUCGACCUGCCUCUUUCAACUUUCAAUCUCCUCAUCCAUCCCGAAAGCCUCCACCAACAAAUAUGGGUGCUUUCUCUGGUGGCUUUGGCACAGGAGCAGUUGCCCAAGCUCCUGCUCAAAGCCAGUUUGGCCAGCCAGCACAUAUUGGAUCAGGACAGCAAGCACUGGGAUCAGUUCUUGGGAAUUUUGGGCAGUCAAGACAGUUUGGAACUGGUUUACCUGGAAGUGGUUUCGCUUCUACCAGUGGUUUUGGUGGUGGCCUUGCUACUAGUAGUUCAACAGGUGGCUUUGCAAGUGCUGCAACUGCUGGCGGGUUUGCUGGUGUUGCUUCUACUGGUGGUGGAUUUGCUGCUUUUGCCUCAUCUGGUGCAGGAUUUGCUGGUGUGGCUGGUGGGGGUGGGUUUGGUAGUGUAGCUUCUGGUGUUGGGUUUGGUGGAGUGGCUUCUGGUGGCAGUGGCAUUGCUGGUGUGGCUUCAGGUGGAGGUAGGUUUUCCGCAGCAGCCUCGAGUGCUGGUGGUUUCGCAGCGGCGCCUGCAUCUGGUAGUGGAUUUGGUGCAUCAGGUAGUGGAUUUGGGGCUUUUGGCAGCCAACAAGGUACUGGAGGAGUCUCAGGUUUUCCUGGUAAUGCAGGAGGCAGCCAACAAGGAGUUGGUGGUUUCUCUGCUUUCAGUGGUAAUCCAGCAGGAACUGGAAAACCUGCGGAAUUAUUUACACAGAUGAGAAAAUAUAGUUCGGAGCUUUUGGACUAGAUUAUGUGUAGAUAGAUCACUGGUAUUAUAAAUAAAAUGGGGUUGAGAUUCUCUAGGAUAUACUUUUGCUGUUAAA